UUUUCCCGUCCGACCUCACAACCGAUCAUAGCUUAUAUCUGAUAGAUGAACCACUCGUUGAGCCUGUUUAUUUAGUCUUGCCCGCGCAACUCGAUAAGUUUGUCUAUGAAAUUAAUGUCUCGUAUAUCGUCGGCCAUGGAAAAUUGCGGGAGUGCGCGGGCCGAGCGUGGCGCGGGCGAGUGCUCUGUUGCGGCAGUCGGGCUCCGGCGGCCCAGCCUUCUUACACGCCACCACCGCGCCUUGCUGUCUCGUUGCGCUACGAGUCUACUAUCGCGACUGCCGCGCGCGUAGCCACAGCCAACUUACUCAAAACUUUCACCUAGUAUUUGAAUUCAAUGAAUUAAAGAUACAGGAAAUAUUAUCCGUGGUUAUAUUGUUUAUAUUAUGUAUUUAGUCAAAUAUUGAAUAUAUGUUUGUUUCUCGCAAGCACUCUAAAUUAAUGGAAAACGAAUAAAGAUUUAAUUUUAGAUUACAAUGCAAGAACUAAGUGAAUUUAAAUUGGUUUAAAUUACUUUAGAAGCAAUAAACCUAGUAAUAUGUAGUAAAGUGACGUCACUAUGGCGGGACCUACUCGACAUCUGUCUACUUACCACCGUGAGUCAGAGCCAACAGCUUCUUCACUGAUAACGGAAAUCAACGUGCAACUGGCUUUAUUUCGUGAUCUGCUGAUACACUUCGGCCAGCCUCACGACUGCCCUGAGCUACGGGAACGCGUGCGGCGCCUUCGACGAGCUUGCGUCGAAGCAACCAAACAAACAAGUCAACUUGUUCUGCCUAAUUGUAAAAAGUCCACGACCAAUGACAUUUGCACGGAGCAGCCACAGUUGGUGCUGCUGUACUUCAUGUCACAACUACUACUGCGAGAGCUCGCCAAAUGCCACAGAUUAGUUCAACUAGUUCCAAUGGAUAUGACUUCAUAUUACGAAAAUCGCGCCGGUCCGUCCAACUUUGGCAACGUCAUCAGUCAAAUCUUGCUGUGCAAGCAGAUUACGCCAGAUUUUAACCAAGAAGAGCUCUGCAGUAUUGCAAAGGACACACAAGAAAUAACGAGGAUAGUAAAUGAUAUUCAAGAGUAUCUUCCGCAACAUGAAAACCUCAAUCAUUUAGAAACUACUGUUGCUCUAAAAGGUGACGACGUCAACGGACUGUGGAGGAAUAAGCGAAGAGGAUCCUUGUACAAAGGCAUGGGGGUACUUUGUUGUGUAUCGCGACCUAACUAUCUCUGAGGGUGACCGGAAUCGCCUGCGAGGCGGCUCAACUGCGACCAAAGCCAAACGUCAGACACAAACAUAACACGUGCCCAGUGAAAACACGUCAAGGCUCGAAGUGUUCAGUAAAUUAACUGUCAAAAACCUGUGAAGCGUUGUUGUGGAUGUACGUACGUACGUAAAUGGUACAGAAUAAGUGAAAGGGUCCAUUAAACAGUUAAAUGUAACUAGCGAAUUGAACGACACUGAUGGUCGACUCGUAUAAGUAUUGUAUUUACCGUAAAUGAUAUCUUGUAAUGAUAAUUAGACACAAAUAUUAUUUAAUUUUUUCAUUGAAAUAUAUAUUAACGAUCGAUAGGUAAAUCUGUAAAAAAACAAUCAUCAUGCCUGGAAUGGGAUCAAUUGCAUUUAAGUAGAUUUGUAAAAUCAUUAUUAUCGUAAUUGGCUAUUGUAGUUAGAAUAUAUUUACAAAAAAAAGGCCAGACUAUCACAUUUACUGGCUUCUAUGUAUAGAAAUUCAACUUGAGAAAUUCAUAUAAAUAGAUAUGCUUUGUAGUAAGUAUUUUAGAUUAUCGCGAUGACAAAUUUGUGAGAGAUUUUUUUUAAAAUAGGCAAUGUUUUUUUGUUCAUUAAUAAAAUUGAAGUCAUAUAAUGUAGCUCAAAAAUAUAAAUUAAAAGAUUUAUAUCGUUUAAGAUAUUAAAUUCGCAAUUUUAAAUUAUUUUUUAUAGAAAAUGAACUUUUACUUUUGGCGUGAUAUUACCUUAUGUAUAUAUCAGCUCAGGUUUUAUUUCAUUUUAAGUAAUUUAUUGUAUGAUUCCAUGGCCUAAUAAAAGUCACGCGUAAGCACAGAAAAAAAUGUAGUCAAUUAUUAGCGCGACAAUCUUGUAACUAAGGACAAAUAUGAUCAACUUAGCUUUAAAAUCUUUAAAAGAUAUUCUAUUGUUACUCACUAAGAAUUUAUCAUGUCUUUUGCUGUUUCUUAAUAAAAAAUUCUUAACAAUUGUUUAUGAUCUCGAAAUUAAUUUAGCUCUUAAUUUUAAUAUCGUGAUGCUGGGAGAUUUUUUAUUUAAGUAAUAUUAGAGAACAAUUACAUCAUUAUUAUGUAGAAAGAUCAACCGAAGUUGAAAAUUCAAAAUGAUUUCAAAAUGAACAAAUUUUUAGCUUCCUUACUAAAUGUAAUCAUUUAAUAUUAAUCUUAACAAAUAGAUGUAGAGCAAUAUUUAAUACGGCUAAAACACAUUAGCUAAUCAUCUACAUAGCCGUAGUACUAUAUAGCUUUCAUUUACCACGAUAUAAUAAUGUCUAACUACAUAUAAUCACGUGCACAAACAUUUAACUGAUUAUAGAGCACAACACCACUAUUAGAUUUUAUAAUAAAAUGCAUUUUAGUUCUUGUCGAAGAAUGUGAAAUUAUACUAGUCAAUUUGUUCUGUUUAGCUUAGAUAUUAUUAAUAGGUAAAUAAAUUCACAUACUAAAGUGAUGACUGUGAUAUACUCGUAAUGUAAGAUUAAUAAUUAUUAUAGAAGAGAAAUGAAUUAUGCAUUAGUAAAACAUAUUGAAAAUAA